AGAAAGACUCUACAAUUGAUAAAACUAAGUCAGACCGAACUGGUUCAUUUUCAAGUAAAAUAGCUUGCAAGACAAAAAGACCGCCUCAAAGUCGCUGCCCUUGGGGCUCUCCCACUUGCUUUACACGCUAGGAACGGAGAAUGCCGGGAACCCAAGAGCGGCCGGCGCGGACGCCGAGGCAACACUACUUGGGGCACCCGGUACUCGCCGUUAGCUCCCGGCCUCCUUUGCUCUCGCGCCUCCAGGGGCUCAGGCACUGCUCCGGGAGCGCGGAAUGUUGAGGAAGACGGCGGAACUUCAGUAGGGAGACCUAUCUGGGAAACGUUUUCAGGACACGCGGUGGGGAAAGCAACUAGCCUCCGGCGGGGCAGGGCGGGGUAGCCUUACCUGCAGAACCACCGGCCACGAUCUGCCGAGAAGCCUCGCGCACUAAGCCGACUUCAGGCUUGGCGGACAUCUUCGCCGGGAGGAGGACGAGGGAGUGGGCUGAUAUGUGUGGGCGAGCUCGCCGCCUGCACAGCCUACGAAUCCAGAGAGCCCCUGCUGGGCUGGUCCUCGGGCGGGUUGGCUCCCUGUGGGGCAGCAAUCCGGCGACUGCUGGAAAGCGAGGGUUCGAGGCGCAGAUUCGUCGCGCGAUCUGCCGCGAGUCGGAACCUGUCAGCAGUGCUCUUGCAGAGGCGCCCUCGGCUCCGAAAAUGUCCCUGGAAAUAAGACUCGGGGAUGGGGUUGGGUUGGCUCUUCGCAACGAGUCAGGCUUUGUCUCCUGGAUUGGCGCCCACGCCCUUCUCUAUCAGGAGCCUCCGGCAGAGUUUGUCAAACUGGACGCGCUGCCUCUGAUAACUCAAGUGAAAUGACCCAGGCCUGGAGCGCCAAGUGCAAAGCUGGGACGACCGUUGCACCUCCUGGCAUGCCAGAGCACAGUGAGGUUCAAAAGAAGGGACAAGUGAAUAAAUUCCUCAGUUAGUUAUCCUGUAAUUGUGGUCUGUAGCAGCUAAGUCAAAGCAAAUCUAAUUUACACUUACCUUACAAUAGAGCUAAGGUAGUACUUUACCAAAAAUGGUUUUGAUUUAAGGUAAAAAUCAUACCUCAUCAACUUGAGUUUUAUUUACCUAAGGACCAAAAGAAGAAAAAGCCUGCUUAUAAAUAGUUUCUUCUAUACCCAGAUCAGUGGUUCUUAAAAGUGGUUUUAGUACCCACAGCAGUAGCAUAAUUUGUGAAUUUGUUAGGAAGUCAAAUUGGUGGGCCCCACCCCGACCUAAACUGAAUCAGAAUGUCUGGGGAUAGGGCCCAGAAACAAGUUCUCUGUUGGUUGUCAUGAACGUUAAAGGUUGUGAACCACUGACCUAAACAAUUGAGGAACAUUAAGGAACUUACAGUGUAUUCUCUCUACAAAAGGUUUGGUUAUUCGUACUAGCACCUUAGGAUAGUUACCAAAACAAAACUACUAAUUUAUACUCUUUUUAAACUACAAGUUGCCUAUUUUAUGUAGGAGAGAUAUAAGAUUGUGAAAUUCUCCAAAAAUACCUGCCACACCCCUAACAGACAGGAGAUGAUAAGAGUAAAACAGAGAACUGGGAGGCUUUAGAAGCCCUAUUGUAAUAUUUCUUAAAACACAUUAUUUAAUGCUAAACAUAUUUAGUGUGAGCCAUAUAAAAAUUGCCAUUUUUGGAGGUCAAAAACCGUUGAAUAUCAGCAAUUAGUAUAGUUCAAUUUAUGUGAUUUCUAAUGUACCAAGUGCAAUAAUUUGGUCUCAUACUUGAUUUUUUAUUUCUUAGGCUGAGUCAUUAAAAGUUGAUCAGUGAUAUCUGGCAAAAUUAUUUAAAGUGCUUGAGGAAUUGGGGAGACUUGCUGCUUAUGUGAUCAGAUACACAAAAAUGAAGUUUUUCAUUUCAUUAAAUAUUUGAUUAAAA